CGUGAUAUUCCGCUGCAGAUACCAAUGUCGCAUCACAGUCACAGAGAAGAAGAACAAGUGAUAGAGAGUGAGUGAGUGAGUGAGAGAAGGAAACGAUGAGCGUCGUCGGAAGCAAGAGCUCUAUUUUCUCCCUGACGAGUCACUUCCGAGAAAUUGAAAAGUCUUCCCGGCACAAACCAUCGAUCGAUCCAAGAAGAUUCCCCAGAAAUCUGGGAGUUUCCUGCAAAAUCUCAGGGAACGGAGCCGAGGAGAAGAAUGGGGUCUCUCUCAGUUCCAAGAACAAGAUGGAAGAUUACAAUACAGCUAUGAAGAGACUGAUGAGGAGCCCAUAUGAGUAUCAUCAUGAUCUCGGCAUGAAUUAUAGAUUGAUAAGAGAGGAACUGAUCGUUGGGUCGCAGCCACAGAAGCCAGAGGACAUAGAUCACUUGAGACAAGAAGAGAAUGUUGCUUACAUACUUAACUUGCAACAAGACAAGGACAUCGAGUAUUGGGGAAUCGAUCUUGACUCCAUUGUCAAAAGAUGUAAAGAGCUCGGAAUCCGUCACAUGAGAAGACCCGCUAAAGACUUUGAUCCGCUGUCGUUAAGAAGCCAGCUUCCGAAAGCUGUGUCUUCUCUGGAAUGGGCGGUGUCAGAAGGUAAAGGGAGAGUUUACGUGCAUUGCACAGCCGGAUUGGGAAGAGCUCCUGCGGUUUCUAUUGCUUAUAUGUAUUGGUUCUGUGACAUGAACCUGAACACGGCUUAUGACGCAUUGGUGUCAAAGCGUCCAUGUGGGCCUAACAAAGGAGCUAUACGUGGGGCUACAUAUGAUCUGGCCAAGAACGAUCCGUGGAAAGAGCCCUUUGAGAAUCUCCCUGAGAACGCAUUCGAGGAUGUUGCGGACUGGGAAAGGAAGUUGAUUCAAGAACGUGUUCGGGCCCUCCGUGGUACCUGAAGAUCUGUAGAGCUUGUGUGUAAUGGUUUCGGGAUAAGAAAAUAUACUUUUUUGUAUAUUGUAAAGCUCUACUUAUGACUGUACUUGCUAGUUAAAAUACCUUGUUGUCAUGAA